UAAAAUGAACUAGUUCAUUUCUUAGUUCAUUAUUUAAAAAAAUUGAACUAAGUUCCCUGAAAACAAAGUAGUUCAUUGGUAGAUUUUUCUGUUUGAAUCAAUCAUAAACAGUUGCUAACAUAUUUUUGUCCAAUACCAGAUAAGGUUUAUUAUAAAAGUUUGUGUUCGUUUUUCGUAGUAUGUUAAUUGGGUUAGGCGUAAUCAGUAUUUAUUACUUCAGCCUAACCCUUUCGGUCAUGUUGCACAUGUAAAUUAGAAUUUUUUUGUUUUUUUUUUUUGUUCGGCGUUUAAUGGAGUGUAAUAAUCGAAUAAACUAAACUUCACACUGUGCAACAGGAAGCACCUGAGCUCAAUCUGAGCUUCAUGGCAAAGGCUGUGAAUAUUUAAGUGAAUUCAUAUAAAUUUGUAAAACGUUCCCAAAGACUUUUUUUAUGUUUUCUUUACGGGGUGUUGUAGAAAAAGUUGUAGAAAAUAUAAAUGAAAUCCAGUUUUGAAAGGUUGUGACUUAACAAAAUGUGUAAAACGUGAACACUUCCUGUUUGCUCUGUAGCCCACACCUAAGGCGUGAAGCUCUGUGACACCUGCCCACACAGUUUCCAUCUGAGUUUGGGGGUCGACUAUAAAAGGAGGUAUGGGAAGAGGCCCGAGACUCCUCAGACCCUUCUUUAACACAACCAUGAUACACCCAGGCUCCAUCGUUUACGCCCUGGUGUUGGUCACAGUCACUGUGACAGGAGCUACUGAGAGUGGUAUAGUAGGAGGUCGAGUUGCAAUGCCGCACUCCAGACCCUACAUGGCAUCCCUCCAUUAUCAAGGGCAGCAUCCGUGUGGCGGGAUCCUCAUUCGGAAGGACUUUGUUCUGACUGCAGCCCACUGCAAAUAUCAAGAUAACAUGGUUGUGGUUCUUGGAGCACAUAACAUCAGCGAUAAGGAGAAAAUGCAGCAAAGGAUUGAAGUUGCAAAGUACUAUAAGUAUCCAGAUUACACUGGAGGGUUUGACUAUGACAUCAUGCUUCUCAAGGUAAAAACACUUAGUUUUCUAUCUUUUAUUUUCUCACUUAUGUUGAAUUUGCUUAAAUCUUACAAAAUUAAGCUGAAAUAAAAUAAGUUUUCAUUUUUAACACGUUUGUUUAGGUAUGGGUGGUGAUGUAAAACAUUUACCUUACACCUCUGAUGCUUUGUUAAACGUCACAUCUCAACUUACAGUCAGGUCCAUAAAUAAUGGGACAUUGACACAAUUCUAACAUUUUUGGCUCUAUACAAUGGAUUUGAAAUGAAACAACCAGAAUGUGCUAUAACUGCAGAGUUACAGCUUUAAUUUGAGGAUAUUUAAAUCAGGUGAACUCAGGUGAAUUCAGGUGAACGAUGUAGACAACAGUUUACAUAAGUGCCUUCCACUUGUUAAGGGACCAAAGUAAUGGGACAGAAUAAUCAUAAAUCAAACCUUUUCUUUUUAAUACUUGGUUGAAAAUCCUUUGAAGUCAAUUACAGGCUGAGGUCUGGACCACAUACACCACCAGAUGCUGGGUUUCAUCCUUGGUGACGCUCUGCCAGACCUACUGCAACUGUCUUGACUGAAGGCUUGUUCUUGGGGCCUUUUCAAUUCAAUUCAAUUCAAAAAUACUUUAUUAAUCCCAGAGGGAAUUUGAUUGCUGUAGUAGAUCAGAAUAAUAAUAAUAAUCAAGUCAUCAAAAAGUUAUUGUAUAUUACAAUGGCUGUUGGCAGGAAGGGUCUCCAGUAGCGGUCAGUGUUGCAGCGAAACUGAAGAAGCCUCUGACUGAAGACAAUCUUCCGUUGUCGGACAGUCUUGUGAAGAGAAUGCUCAGGGCUGUCCAUCAUUUUCUUGAUUGUAAUUGUAAUGGAAAAUAGUAGAGUAAUGUGGGCUAAAUAAAUUGCUUUAAAAGCUAUUUAUUUCUAUUCUCAUUACUUGUGACCAGUAGCUGUAAUACUCUAUUACUUAUAGAAUAUCACCUUGCUUGGUCUUAGGAUGAUUAAUUAGAAGGUUCUAGGAUUCUUUUAAUUGUUAAGGGAUCGUUAACACUUCGUUCAUGAUUCAAGAACCAGUCAGUGUUUGUAAACAAAUAAGAAUUUAUUUUAAAAACAAAGACUUGACAAAUGGUUUAAACUAUUAUCCUGUGAGUGGAUGGAACUAAAAGAUGGGUGUCUGAAAACUUUGUGUGAAUAUGAGAUGAUGAAUCAGAAUCUACGUAUCUUCAGAGAGGUGCGCUCUGGAUAAAAUAAUUUGGUUUGCAGACAAGCUAGCUGUUAUUUAUCAAACUGCAUACAGACGCUAUCUGUGUGUCUACAUUACCGUAGAGGCACCCUCUUGGUGGAUCCGAAAGUCAGAGUGGUCAGAUUACCGCUGGCACCGGAGGGCUGUAGAGUACCGAGGUGCCAUGUUUUCAGUCCUAGAGAUGUGUCGGGUCACGACAGAUGGAUGGAAACCACGCGUCUUAAAAUAACUCUGUAGGAAUUUUGCUAAAUCAGCUUUGUUCUGCAGGAAAACUAUCUUGUUGUUCAGCUUCACAGGUGCGGAAAAGGUUUAAGGUUUUGGCAGCGUGUCAAAAUCCUUUCUGGGUUAAAGAUCUGCUAGAGAUGGCCAGUCUCCAGCUUGCUCUCAACUGACGAGAAAGCAGAGCGGCUGGCUUAUAUACCGGCUGUUAUCUAUUACCAAACUUACCAAGAAUCUCAGAAACACACGGUCUGAGACGCAGCGUCUCUGAGUCCAGGGACUAGGUUUGUUAUGUGUCAUGCGUUCUUCAUUUUAGCCUUACUUCUUGUCUGGUGUAAUGACGACCUCAUCCUGUAAACAUUACUAAAACAUUGAGCACAUUAAUUAGACAUUUCAUUGCUUAUAAUUCUACAUAACAAAAGUUCAUUCAAUUAAUAUUUUGAAUUAUAAGGAUUACUUUUAAUUAUGAAAUCUUCUUUCUUCUGGGAAUAAAGAUUUAUCUAAAACAGUUCUCUUGUGAAAGGCCUUGGGGAAAGGAAUGCUACUGUUCAUGUUUAUUAUCUGAUGAAGCUGCGCUCAGCUGAUGAAGUCAUCUGAUUAAAAUGCUGAGCUGUGCAGACUCACAGACUCCUGACGAGGGAAGAUACAGCAGAACAUGUAGCAGCCAGGGUUAUCUGCUCUGGCUGCAUACGACCUGUGGGAUCUUUAAAAUCAGGCCAUUUGGUGACGUUACACUCUGGAGAAUCCUUCUUUGCAUUAUCUCCUCCAGUGGUUCCACAGUCGUCCCCAGAACAGAACCAGCCUUUGUUAUUGGCUGUUGAGCCUUUCCAGGUCCCUGCUUCUGAUGCUGCUACCCCAGCAGACGAUGGCUGAAGAGAUUACACUCUCAACAACUGACUUGUAGAAGAUCUUCUCUUCAGUUUUGUGUUCAGCAAGUGAAAUGCAUGCUCAAUCGGAUUCAAGUCAGGCGAUUGACUUGGCCAUUGCAUAGCAUUCCACUUCUUUGCCUUAAAAACUUUUUGGUUGCCUUUGAAGUAUGCUUUGGGCCGUUGUCUAUUUGCACUUGAAAAUGCCGUCCAAUAAGUUCUGAAGAAUUUGGCUGAAAAUGAGCAGAUAAUAUUGCCUGAAACACUUCAAAAUUCAUUCUACUGCUUUUGUCAGCAGUCACAUGAUCAAUAAAUACAAGAGAACCAGUUCCAUUGGCAGCUACACAUGCCAACUUCAAGACACUGCCACCAUGUAUCCCUGAAGAGGUGGUAUGCUUUCCUUCUCCAUACUCUUCUCUUACCAUCUCGCUGGUAUAUUUUGGUCUCAUCUAGGAUGUUGUUCCAGAACUGUGAAGGCUUGUUUAGAUAACGUUUGGCAAACUCCAAUCUGGCCUUCCUGUUUUUGAAACUCACUAAUGGUUUACAUGUUGUGGUGAACACUGAAUGCAUUCUGGUGAAGUGUUCUCUUGAUUGUUGACUUUGACACACAUACAGUACGCCUACCUCCUGGAGAAUGUUCUUGAUCGGGGUAAGGAUUCUUCGGUCAUUUAUUUUUUGCGAUCUUCCAGGUCUUUUGGUGUUGCUCACCAGCAUGCUCCUUUUUUUUAAAGAAGGUUCUAAAUAAUUGUUCCAAGCACUACCAGAACAGCGGCUUCCUUUUCAAUUUUCAAGAAAAUCCUGAAGACCCUGCUCUUCAGAGAGCAUCUUCUUAACUAACACCUUGCCUGCACCCGUCCCCCCUCUCUACUGUCCACUCCUUGUUCCCUCGUCUCCAUGACUGAUGUCAAUGUUGUUGUUGUUGUUAGCCUCAAGGGCAAAAUGCCGAUUAUCACUUGUAAGUCGCUUUGGACAAAAGCGUCUGCUAAAUACAUAAACAUGAACAUAAUUGUUGUGGCCACUUCUAGUGUUUUUGCUAUGUCUCUGGAUUAGUUUUGUUUUUUCAGCCCAACAAUGAGACUUGCUUCUCUAAUAGUGACAACUCUUUGGAUCUCAUCUUGAGCGUCGACAACAACUGGUUCCAAAUGCAAGUAGCACACCUGAAAUGAACUAUGGACCUUUUAUUUGCACAUUGUAAGUAGGAUGACGAAGGAAUAUAACACGGCUGUUGGCCAUGGAACAGCUGAGAAGCCAACUGUCCCAUUACUUUUGGUCCCUUAACAAGUGGGAGGCACAUAUGCAAACUGUGGUGAUUCCUACACCGUUCACCUGAUUUGUAAUGUAAAUAACCUCAAAUUAAAGCUGCCAGUCUGUAGUUAUAGCACACCCUGUUUGUUUCAUUUCAAAUCCAUUGUGGUUGUCAAGAGCCAAAAAUGUUAGAAUUGUGUCGAUGUGCCAAUAAUAAAUAUGCACUUGACUGUACCUUAGUAGGAAUCACAAAUAUUAAUCGGGUUUUAAGCUAACUUGUGUUGUUUUGUUACAGCUAAAAACCAAGGCCACGCUGAAUAAGUACGUCAAAACCAUUGACCUACCAAAGAAAGAUAGAAGCUUCCCAGCUAAUGUUAAGUGUGCUGUAGCAGGCUGGGGCAAAACUGGAUCCACAGUAACUAACUCAAAGGUUCUCAGGGAAACCACGGAGAAAACACAAUCAAGCCCUGAGUGCAAAAAGGUUAGGGGAGAGUAUUUCUCUGAGGAUGAUUUGC